UCUUUUUCUCUCAUUGCCAUAUUGUAUAAUCAGCUUAUUUUCUGCUGUUAGGAGAAAAAUAUUUAGUACUUAAAAAAAAAAUAGUAUAAUUGAAAUGGGUUCUCGUUUUUCUUUCACUUUCAUGGUUUUGACGAUAGUCUUAAUGGUUCUUUCAUGCUUGCCAUGUCAAGCACAGCUUUCUUCAAAUUUCUAUGACGACACAUGUCCUAAUGCAUUGAGUACUAUUCGCACGGUUAUUAGAUCGGCUGUCUCGCGAGAGCGUAGAAUGGCAGCAUCUCUCGUUCGCCUUCAGUUCCAUGAUUGCUUUGUUCAGGGGUGUGAUGGUUCAAUCUUGCUGGAUGAUACGCCUUCAAUGGCUGGAGAGAAAUUUGCACGCAACAACAACCAGUCUGUUAGAGGAUUCGAAGUCAUAGAUGACGCCAAGGCUGAAGUUGAGAGCAUAUGCCCUGGAGUCGUUUCAUGCGCUGAUAUUGUGGCAAUAGCUGCCCGUGAUGCUUCUGUUGCUGUUGGUGGACCGUCAUGGACAGUGAAGCUGGGAAGGAGAGACUCUACCUCUGCAAGCCGAGCCGAAGCCAAUCGCAACCUUCCAGGUUUUAGUGAUAGCCUUGAAAGUCUCAUCUCUUCGUUUGAAGGGAAAGGUUUAAGUGAAAGAGACUUGGUUGCUCUUUCAGGAUCACAUACAAUAGGCCAAGCGAGUUGCCUGACCUUCCGUGACAGGAUCUACGACAAUGCAAGUGAUAUCGAUGCUGGUUUUGCAAGCACACGGAGGCGCCAGUGUCCGGCCACUGGUGGGGAUAGGAAUCUUGCACCACUGGAUUUGGUGACGCCAAAUUCUUUUGAUAACAACUACUUCAAGAACCUUCUUCAAAAAAAGGGACUUCUUCAAUCAGAUCAGGUGCUUUUUAGCGGUGGAUCAACAGACAGCAUUGUUGAUGAGUACAGCCGCAGCCCUUCAGCUUUCAAUUCUGAUUUUGCUUCUGCCAUGGUAAAGAUGGGAGAUAUAGAUCCAAAAACUGGUUCUCAAGGAGAGAUUCGCAGGCUUUGCAAUGUUGUUAAUAAUUAAUUGAUUUUGCGAGAAAAAAAUAAAUUAGUCAUUCAUAUAUAUAUAAAUAUUGAAGUCAGAAAUAAACAGUGGGAGAAUGGCCUGCGCAAGAUCAUCAAGUUUGGUCAAGGCUUGAUUCUUUUCUACUGUAUGGUUAAUUAAUUAACCAGUUGUAUCAUCAUCGUUUCACAUAUGAAGAAACGUUUAACAUA